AUGAUAUUGCAAAAUCAAGCUCUCAUUAUCCUAAAAAACAAAAAUAGACAGUUUUUUAACCAUUCUAUUGCAACAACAGUCCCUAAUCAGAAUGAACAAUUUGACCCUGAGGAUAUCUUUUAUGACACCACUUUACCUGAUCACUCUUCAUCAGUAACAAAUAGUAUCUCAGCAGCAAAAUCAAAAGUACCUGUACAGGCAGAAUGUGUUUCUCAAGUCACACAUACAUCGUUACCUUUUGAUCAGAUCAUCUCCAAAGAUUUUGCACCUUUUAGACAGUGGUACAAAGGCUUCAAACUUGAUGCUGCUUGGCUACAGAAACACCAUUCAGAACUGAAAGCAAUAAAACUGGGUUCUCGUAAAAGUCUAAAAUGCAAACUGUGCUACGAUAACAUUUCUGAAGCUAAAAAGUAUGCUCGAAAUGGUACUGUCCCAAUAGCUGAUGGUGUUCGGUGUGACGGCAUGCAACAGCUUCAAAGAAUUAUUGAUCACUUGAAAGGUGGUGCUCAUAGUGCUGCACAACGGGCCGAUCUUGCACGAAAGCAAUGGACCGCACAAUCUGACAAACAUCCAUGGGUAAAAAUUUUGAAACAACACAAUAUUGAACUGAUAUCAACUCUUAUUCGCCUUACAGUUGAUGUACACAAUGAUUCAGGAACCAAAACGCUGUCAGCUUGGUCUUGGCCAAGUUGUUCACUAGCACAAAUGCAUGCAGAAAACCAAGUUAAGCAAUACAUUGAUCACGGUCUUGAUUGUGACUUUGUGGCGUUUAAUUCACCCCAGUCAGCAUUGCAUUACAGAAAUCCUGACCGGUACAGAGAGAUAUUAUCAUUUGUGUCCAAGCAUGAAUUGAGCAGAGUUAUUCAAGCAUUGAAAAUUGCAGAGUGUGUCGCCCUAAAAAUUGACAAAUCUGUUGAUAAAUACAAUGCUGACAGUCUGUUUGUUACUGCCAGAUACAUGGACAACACUAAUUUUGAGAUGAAAGCUAGUUUUCUUGGCGAAUGCCACAGUGAGUUAAGAGGAGUAAUUGGGAUGGUCGAUGCUUUGCAGAAACGUUUCCAGUAUCUUGAAAUUGAAGAUGUCAUUAAAGCAAAGAUGGUGGGUCUUACGACAGAUGAGGAAAAUUCAAAUACUGGACGUCACGGGGGGUUGUGGGUAAAGAUGUCUGAGUAUUUAGGGCACAACAUGUUGACAUUUUGGUGCAUAGUUCACAGAUCUGACCUGGCUUUUGAAAGCGAUGAAAACGUGGUUCCGAAGUUUCGUCAUUGGUUAACAGAUGUAAAAAAUGUCGCUACUUAUUUUCGUGGAUCAAGCUACCGACAAGAAAACCUGCAUGAAAUUGCUGCAAAUUUGGGUGAGACUGCUAAACAUUUUCCACGGCAUCAUGAAGUUCGUUUUGCGGAACACCUUGCCAAUGUUGUACUUGCAGUUCUGUCUAAUCAUCAGAUGAUGUGCGCUCAAAGGAAGACAGUUGUACAACAAGGUGAAAAUAAUGAAAAAAAUAAUGAAAAGCAAAGAGCAAGAGGUUUUCUGAAGGAUUGGUCCCAAACUUCAUUCAACUUAAACAUGAGUGCUGUUGCUUUGGAUAUCUUGCGACAGUUCACUGAUUUACAAAAAGAAACUCAACGCACGUUUGUUACCUUGGCUGAUUUGAUGCAAAAACGCGACCACGUACUUCAGCGUCUUUCCAUGAUGGUAAACAGUCCAUAUCCUGGGGGAUAUGAAGAAAAAAAUUUUGAAGCAGUGCGUCUUGAGGUAAUCACAUGUGCAAAGAACUUCCUUGAGAGAAGGUUGGAUGUCGAUCAGGAUUUACAAGUAAAGGCAAUGAUAGAUGUUGCCAAUGCUGAAAAUGCUGAAGCAAUGAUCAAAGCCGGUCGGCAAAUUGUAUCAGAUAUUUUUGGUGAUAAUUAUGUUUCAGAAUUUGUAGAUGAUGCUGUUGGUUACUAUUCAUCAUUUGGUGCUUCAUCUUUUAAGCCGCAUGAAAGCAAUACUGCCAAGUUGUACUUAUUGCUACAAAAAACAACACCGUCGUCUCUUUUAAACAAGCUGGUUCAAACAUCUCUUAUAACUUGCCCUCACAGCAUGAUCACGGAACGGGUAAUUUCAUGCCAUGCAGAAUUAAAAAGCGACCUUCGAUCAUCUAUGUCGAGAAAUACUGUGAAUGACCGAUUAUGCAUUGCUUUAAAUGCUAUAGGUACCGCAAAUUUUGAUCUUCGGCCAGUGGUGGCUGAUUUUCUUUCUUCAAAAACGAGACGAUCGACUCAACCAGAUGAUGAACUUUAA